GCUGCUCGCGCCGCCAUGGAGCGGGGCGUGCGGCUGCGCGCGGGUGCUUCCAAGGGGGACGUCCGGGAGAAGGUGUGGGACUACCUGGAGGCCAGCGGCCUGGCCGAUUUCCCGCGGCCGGUGCACCGCCGCAUCCCCAACUUCAAGGGGUCUCACCAGGCUUGCUGCUCUAUCAGAGAGCUGGAUGUGUUCAACAGAGCACGUGAGAUUAAAGUGGAUCCUGACAAACCUCUAGAAGGUGUUCGGCUAGCUGCGCUGCAGGCAAGGAAGACUUUGUUGGUUCCCACACCACGUCUGAGAACUGGGCUGUUCAAUAAGAUUGUUCCACCUUCACGUGCAACUAAGGAGAUCCUGCGAAUAUGUGCUACAUCUCAGGGUAUAAAAGAAUACAGUGUGCCUGUAGGUCUUGAUGGGAAAGCACGGGUGGACUUGGUUGUUGUAGGAUCAGUGGCUGUCUCUGAAAAAGGCUGGAGAAUUGGAAAAGGGGAAGGUUAUGCAGACAUGGAAUAUGCAAUGAUGGUGUCAAUGGGUGCAGUGCAGGAGGAUACACCUGUAGUUACUAUUGUGCAUGACUGUCAGGUGGUUGACAUAGCAGAAGAGCUUCUUGAUGAUCAUGAUUUAACUGUGGAUUAUAUACUCACUCCAACAAGAACUAUCAAGACUAAUUGCAAACGACCAAAACCUCAGGGAAUAAUAUGGCAUAAGGUCAGCUAUGAGAUGCUGGGAAAAAUCCCCAUCCUAAAGAGUCUUCGACACAGAGAGAAGCAGACUGGCAAGGAUGUUACCCUCCUAGAUGAACAUUCAGACUUGGCAAGUGCCAACACACCAGCAGUGUUAAAUGAGAAGGCGAUGGCUGAAAAUACAAGACCGCAGGCUGCUAUGGGCUCAGCUCAAAUAAGACAACAUUAUGUGGAAAGUGAUUCUUUAAGUCCCAGAUUAGAGGGAUCUGGCAUGAUUACUACUGUGUAUGUGGGGAACAUACCUCCCAGCGUAAGAGUGAGCGAGCUGAAAAGUGCUUUAAGGGAAUUCCAUGCAACUCCUUUACGACUGAAUUGGCAAGGAGCACAGCACAGGGCUUUUCUCGAUUACAAGGAUAAAGCAACCGCAGAGAGUGCUGUAUCCUCUUUGAAAGGCUUGAGCCUCGGGGGUAAUACUUUGCGAGUUGAGCUGGCCAAGAAUCAGAGAAACAAAGGCAAGUAGAAAUCAAUAGUCACAAAUGAAUAUGAACAGAAGGGAAAAAAAUAGGCUUGUUUUCAUUGUUUUGUGAGAAGCCAACCUAAGUUUUCAAGGAUAUUAGUGUAUCCUCUAAUUUCUGCAGGCUAAACAACAAAGUGCAAAGCCAACUUUUCAAACAAACGAGGCAUACAUCUCA